CUCUUCCACUACAUCCUCGGUACAAUGCGUCUGUUAAAAGUGUCCGAUAGGGAGCUUGUUGACUUUUUAUCAGACAGCAUACCCCCCUAUGCUAUCCUGUCACACACAUGGAACAAGAAUGAAGUUAUCUACGAAGACAUCGUCAAUGGCACAGCAAAGAGCAAAGCUUCCUAUUCCAAGGUCGAAGGGGCGGCGGACCAAGCUGCCAGCGACAAUUUGGAGUAUGUGUGGAUUGACAACUGCUGCAUUGAUAAAAGCAGCAGUGCUGAGCUCUCCGAGGCCUUGAACUCCAUGUAUGCCUGGUAUCAGGAUGCGACUAUAUGCUACGCAUAUCUUUCUGACGUACCAUCGGAUGUCGAUAUCAAAGACCCAAACUCUGGAUUUGCGCGCAGUAGGUGGUUUACUCGCGGAUUCACCCUCCAGGAACUAUUGGCACCGAAAGAAGUCAUCUUCUUCUCUGCUGAGUGGAAAGUGAUCGGGAAGAAGACGGAGCUGUAUGAAAUAUUAUGUGCGAUCACGGGUAUCGGUAUCCAGUAUCUCCGUCAUAAAUUACCUCUUUCCUCGGCUUCAGUCGCCAAUCGAAUGUCCUGGGCUGCAAAUCGACGGACAUCUAGAUUGGAGGAUGUCGCAUAUUGUCUACUGGGGAUUUUCAACAUCAAUAUGCCCUUAUUGUAUGGUGAACGUGACCGGGCAUUCCUUCGCCUGCAAGAAGAAAUUAUGCGCCAAUCUGAUGACCAGUCAAUCUUCGCCUGGCGGGAUCCAGAUGCAGACUCCAAUACCCUUCAUGGCCUAUUGGCGACAUCACCCAAAAAAUUUGCCUUGUGCGGGGAUAUGAUCCCGUAUGCGAACUGGGAAGUCCUUCCUCCCUAUUCCAUGACUAAUCGCGGACUUCAGAUUGAUUUCCAUCUGAAGAAAUGCCCCAAUGAAGAAGAUAUAUACAUUGCAGCUCUCAACUGUCCCAUGCCACCGCUGUAUAAGGGUGGGAGCUUUCUAGGCUUAUUCCUGAAAAAGCUCUCCACUGGCGAUGAGCAGUAUGCACGUGUGAAGAUACAUGAAUUCAGUUCUGUUCAAAACCAACGCGGAUCCCUCAAGACGAUUUUCGUGAGGCAAACCAUCCAUAAUGCCUCGGCUGUUGGUCACGGUGUCUUUCCAUACCAUGUAGCCCAUCUUCGAAAAGGUCCACGGCCCUUGGCUGUCGCCAAAAGAAAAGAUUUGUCUGAAGCGGUGCGGGUUAUUCUCCCUAGGCCAUCAAGGCAGAUCCACCACUUCAAGUCUACACUUGGGAGGCCAGGGCCAACACCAGAUUUCAUUUAUGAAUCUGAGAAGGCACGCAAAGAUUGGCUGCCGGACAAUUUUCCGUAUGAAAUCUUCUUGCCCAAAGGAGCGAGAAAAAUAGCAGGAGCAGUCCUAUUUGAAGGAGGCAUCAACAAAAAGCAGGUCUGUGUGAUGCUCGGGUCCAUGGAUGGGUUUGAUAUUGGAUUUGACGCGAUAAAACCUCCACGUGACUUUAAUUUGCAAAAACCGCCGAGCCAUGUGUUGGCCCUCCUCCAGCAACAUUUCCACCCAAAACAAGUGGGAACCGAAUUUUUUCUGGAACAGAGUCACGUCACAGUUCACGUGAGCCAUGGAUCUACAAUGGUGUCAAGUACUACAUGGUGGAUUUAGAUGUGGACUUCGAAAAUUGCUCAUCACAGAAGGAUAAAUUCAAAGGCCCACGACAUAUAAGCAAAGAUAAGCCCAUUGAUCGCGUUGCUGUAUCUCAUCCUUUGACAUUUCGUCUUCCACGCAGGUGAAAUUGCAAACACGACAUUUCUACCCCCAUUAAACUACCCGAAAUGACCAUAUUGAAUCAUGGUACUAUGUUUGGUGGAGGAGUCGUUACACUAGUUAUUAACCAAAUGAAUGAAAUGAUCUUAACACCACUGGUGA